CCACAAGCCCCUGAGCAGCCACGUGACGAGGGGUGUUUACCUCGAUGGAGUCUUCGUUGCCAUGGAGACGAUGUUACACGCGCGUUAUCUGUACAGAGGAGUGAAUUGAACCUUAUCUUACACACAACUUUACUAUCUUCUGCUCCAGACAACGGAAAAGGCGGAACAUCUACAUACCUGGUUAUUUAUGCAGUUAAGCAGCCGUUGAUGUUUACCCUGGCUGUAAGGACUUCAGUUUAUGUGACCCUAUAUCCAUCAUGGACACUGAUUGACAUUGACACUGGAACGCAAUGUGGUCUUCUGCUGUUAUAACACACCCAACUCAAGAGCAGCCAUAGGAGAUGGCCUGAGUAACAGAGUUUGUGCUGUUAUAUAUGCAUGAGCUAUAUUCUUUUUCAUCUGGGAGUGGGAGAGAGCUGCAUGAACAAGGAUGAACCGCUAUACCACUCUGAAGCAGCUGGGUGAUGGCACCUAUGGCAGUGUGCUUUUGGGGAGAAGAAACGAAUCUGGAGAGCUGGUGGCCAUAAAGAGAAUGAAGAGGAAGUUCUACUCCUGGGAGGAGUGUAUAAACCUGAGAGAAGUAAAGUCACUAAAGAAACUGAAUCAUGCCAACGUGGUGAAACUAAAGGAAGUAAUCAGAGAAAAUGACCAAUUGUACUUCGUCUUUGAGUACAUGAAAGAGAAUCUCUACCAGCUAAUGAAAGACAGAGAAAAUAAGAUGUUUACUGAAAAUGAAAUAAGGAACAUCAUAUUUCAAGUGCUCUCUGGUUUGGCAUUUGUGCACAAGCAGGGAUUUUUCCAUCGGGAUAUAAAGCCAGAGAAUCUGUUGUGUAUGGGUCCUGAACUGGUGAAAAUAGCGGACUUUGGUCUGGCCAGAGAGAUCCGUUCCCGUCCUCCCUAUACUGACUAUGUCUCCACACGAUGGUAUCGAGCUCCAGAGGUGCUUUUGAGGUCAUCUGUGUACAGCUCUCCUAUAGACAUGUGGGCAGUUGGCUGCAUUAUGGCAGAGCUCUACACCUUACGACCUCUUUUCCCUGGCAACAGUGAGGUUGAUGAGAUCUUCAAGAUCUGCCAGGUUCUUGGCACAGUAAAGAAGACAGACUGGCUGGAGGGUCAUCAGCUGGCUGCAUCAAUGAACUUCCGCUUUCCUCAGUGUGUUCCCACACCUCUAAAAACCCUCAUCCCCAAUGCCAGCAAUGAGGCUCUGACCCUAAUGAAGGAUUUGCUGCAUUGGGACCCAAAAAAGAGGCCAACUGCUGUGCAGGCACUCAGGUACCCCUAUUUUCAAGUGGGCCAGGUGUUGGGACAGCGGGCUCAAACACCUGACCUUUGUAAGUCACAGGUGAAAACUCAUCCCAGUGAGAUCAAAUCUGAGCUGCAGUCAGCCUCUGAGCCAGUUCUGCACUCUCAGACCAAGGACCACGGAAGGAAUUCCCAUCAGCCCCUACAGCCUAUCUCCCUGCCUCAGGCCCCCGUUCAGGCUUCCCACCAAGCUGAUCCUCUAGCACUCAAUACACAAAAGAGGAAUAUGGGAAAUGAAAACAGCUUGAUGGGACUGAAAAGUGGGCGGAGACGCUGGGGACAGAUCAAAAUCUCUGACAGCUGGGAUGAGUUAUAUCCUUCAGACACAGCUGCAUUCAACUCCAGUAAACCCAGCAUGGGAGUGGAAGAGUCAAAAGACCACAAGCCUAUGUACACUUUUACCAACGUUACAAAGCUACCAGGCAGCAUCAAAUCAAACUCCAGUCUGCAAAGCACCUGCUCAGCCCGACAGCAUUACCUACGGCAAUCAAGAUACCUGCCUGGUUUGAUAAGUAAAAGCUCUUCAACAUCUAUGGAAAAGGAACCCCAGAUGGACCUGUUGGACAACUGGUCAACACAUCCAAAGAAACGGCUUGCUCCCAUGUGUCAGAAGGAUGCAGAGGACAGCAGCAUUAAUGUUUCACAUAAGCCCAGAGAAAGGAUACAAGAAAAACUUGAACAGCCUAAAGAAGAAGGAGGUUGGAACAGUUGGCCAGAGGGUACAGCUUACACCAGUUGGGAACCAGCAAGCACAUCUGGAUGGGUGGAAAAAAAGAACUCAAUUAAAAGAGACAAGCUACUCAGUUCUGGGGAAAAACUCUGGCAACAUCCUCCCUCGUGCAGCUCCUGUGCAACCUGUUCAUGGUCGAGUGGACUGGGUAGCGAAGUACGGAAGCCACCGGUAGCACAUCUACAAAUCUUUAUGGCUUCAACUUUUGCUAACCAUAAUGUUUCCAUCUUCUCUAGCAGAUCGUUUUUUAGUGUAUCAAACCUCACUGUGCAAAUUGUUUUGUAGAGAAUGUAAUUUUUUUUUGUAAAUAAUAUUCACCCUAGAACUGGAUUUUUUUUGUUUACUUGAUUGCCUAUGUAAAAAUAGCUAUUGUUUUUAGAAUUGAGCUGUUCAUUCUAAACCAGAUCUUCUUUUUAAUCACAAAAGCACCCAGAGGUCAUAUAGUUGCCUUGUAAAGGAGGUACAUUCAUUAUUAAUUUUUCAGAUUAGUGUAGAUUUCAGAACAUAUAUAACAGUAAAACUACUUGUUUAAUAUUGGGGGUCCCAAUUGUGCCACCAAAACAGCUAUGACCUGUUGUGGCAUGGACUCUACAAGAACUGUGAAGGUUUGCUGUAGUAUCUGGCACCAAGACAUUAGCAGCUGAUGCUUUAAGUCCUGCAAGUUGUAAGGUCACUCCAUGGAUCAGACUUGUUUGUGCAGCACAUCCCACAGAUUUGUGAUUGGAUUUGUUUCUCAAAACAUAUCCUGCUGAAAGAGGCCACUACCAUUUGAGAAUAACUUUGCUAUGAAGGGGAGUACUUGGUCUGCAACAAUGUUUAGGUAUGUGGAUGAAAGCCAGGACUUAUCCCCAGGAUAACAUUGCCUAGAGCAAUACAGUGCAGUUUGCCAUAUUCCAAUAGUGGAUCCUGGUGCCAUCUCUACCACAGGUAAUCAAUGUACUUGGGCAUCUGCAUGAUGUCAAAGAAAACGUGAUUUAUUAGACCAGGUCACCGUCUCCAUUGCUCCAUGGUCCAGUGCUAAUGCUCAUGUAGGUGCUUCUAGCAGUGGCCAGCACAGACAAUCUGAAUGGUUUGCAACUACACUGCCCAUACGCAACAAGCUGUAAUGUACUGUGUGUUCUGACACUAUUCUAUCAUAGCCAUCAUUAACAUUUUAACAAUUUGUACUAUAGUAGCUUUUCUGUGGGAUCGGACCAGAUGGGCUAGUCUUCACUAUGGGCAUAAACGUGCAUCGAUAAAUAACAACUUGCUUUUUUCUGCUGUUAAGCCAUUUUAGAUCAACACUUUAUGUCUUUUGAGAAUAUGUUUUAGAAAAUCUGGCAGUUUUCUAAGUAUUUUAAAACUUCUAAAAAAAUUGUUAGCAUAUGCACACAUAUGCAUAAAUGCAGAAUAAAGAAAUUGUUUAAUUAUUUUUUAUAAUUUAUUAAACACUUUAGAGAAAACUA